AUGUCGUCUAUUGGAAUCAUCGGACAGAUCGAUGAAGCCAUCGGCACUUUCUUCGCACAAUGGAACACAGGCAGCACAAUCAUAGUGGGGCUCGUCCUCAUAGUCUUAAUAUACCCCAUAUUCACAGCCAGGGAUCCAGACACACAUCCUUUCCUCCUCGCACGACAAGCACAAGCCUCGCCGAUCAGACAACCCGGUGAAUCGGCCGUAUACCGCUCUACAGAGAUUCCAUAUGGGUAUCCUUUGAAGUCCGGCUUGGGCAUCAAAGAUCCUGGAGCCUCGAAAUGGACGACAGGACGAGACGGUGAUCUGCGAGAUGUCUGGCGACAGGCUGUGAAUGGGUCAAAUAAGGAGGAUGGGAAUUCAGCUGGUGGCACGGCUAAGAUCGCGACUGUGCUUGGGGUUGAGAAGGUGGUCGAGCACAACUUGAAGGAUUUGACCAGAGAGACCAACAUCAUCGGCAAGCACAUCAAAGAAUCUGGUGGCAGGAAGGUCGCGGUGUGCUUGUCAAAUUCGACUGAAUUGUUGUGCACGGUAUUUGCCGGAGCAUUCUACGAUUUCUCACCUAUCUUAGUACCAUAUCAUCAGGAACCUGGCAAUGCGGUCGAAAUACUCAAAGACGUCGAAUUCGAUACUUUAGUUGCAGAAGCUGGUUCUGUGGCUCUCGAAACACUUCUAUCACAGAGCAAGUCUAUCCGCCGUAUUAUCUGGGUUGCUAAGGCAGGCAGUAAGCACCUUGACUGGAACGAAGUGCCUGAAGGAGUUGGCGGCAAGCUCGAGGUCAAUACAUGGCAUGAUCUCAUCGAUGAGAAGAAGGGCGGUGCUUCUGAUGUGGUACCACCACUCGAUAAAGAGAACGAGCCACUUCCCGUGUAUGCACUUCAGCAGAAUAAAUCUGGCCAAUAUGACUCGGUGGAAUGUUCGCAGAGGAACCUCCUUUCCGGAACCUCAGCCCUCCAAUCCUCCCUCCCACGCCUCCACAAACUCGCCAACAAUGACAGCAUCCUUAUCACCACACCUCUAAACACAACCUACGCCCUCUGCUGGGCUCUCCUCGCCCUCUUCUCUGGCUCAACCCUUCUCCUCACCUCAGUCGCAGGCCCAAACAUCAACCUCAUCACCGCCACAAAAUCCGCUCGCCAGCUCCUAAAGCCCACACAAAUCAUCGCCGAUGCACGCAGUAUCCCCCGGCUCCUCGAAGACCUCACAUCUCUCGCAGGACAAGGCGGUCUCGGCGCCAAGUACAGCGUCUGGAGCACAGCACGCGCAAUCAACCAGGGGUACAUGCCUUCACCAACAUCAAAACCAACUUACCUCCCCAGCAGUCUCUCAGCCCUGAAAACACUCUACAUCGCACAGCCCGACAUUCUCCCCUCAGACCAGCGCAUCAGCAGCGCCACACUUUCAAACCUCCGCCUCCUCCUCUCCGCACGAGUCUCUCUAGCACUGACAUCAGCUCGUGUCGCAGGCUACAUCGCACAGACCAACAUCCUCGACUAUAGGGAUAAGCUUGGAGUGAAUUGUGUGGGUCCCGUCGCGGCGAGUUUGGAGGUUUGUCUGGUGGGAGAGGAGGAUGAGUUGGCGAAGAGUGACGGGGUUGGAGAGGUGGCUGUUAAGGGACCGGGUGUGGCGGGACGGGAGAAGGGGAGGGUUGUGCUUGAGGGUGUUAGGGCGAGGGUGGAUCUGGAUAAUACGGUUGUGUUGGUGGGGAGUAUUACUUUGGUUUGA